AUGGAGCAGCUCCCCAGCCCCCCGCUGCCCGCGUCCCCCUCUGUCCCCCCCGUCCCCUCCGUCCCCGCCACCCGCGCCCCCGUCCGUCCCCUCCGUCCCCGCCGCCCGCACCCCGCGACAGCGCAGCGGCCCGGGCAGGCCCGGCUGCUCAGCAGAACCCGCCCCCGCCCCGCCCCUCCCUGGGAUGCGAGGUGUCACGUGGCCCUGCGGCCCCGCCCCCUUUCCCGCGCGCGGUCCCGGUGCGGCGGGCAGCCAUGGCGGGGCGCGGGGCUGCGGAACGCGUGCUCCCCGCUCUGCCCCGCCUGCAGCCGCUUUCCACGGCCCGGCGCCCGCCCGCGCCGUGGUUCGAGGACCUCCAGGCUGCCGCCGGGACGGCUCCGGGCUGGCGGCGGGGCCGCCCCGAGCGGCAACUUUCGGCCCCGGGCCUCAGCCGCCCGGUCGCUCACGGAAGCUAGGGGAGAUGCUGGUGGCAGCGGAGCUGAGGGGCCGGCGGGCCCCCACUUUUGCCGCGACCGCCACGACCUCCUCGUCCACCUGAAGCGCCUGACGAAGGGCAACAAGGCGAAGAUGGCAGCGGGCCUGGAUGUGACCAGCCGCCCACCCAACCGCUUCCAGCGCUUGCUUGGCACGCCACUGAACGGGCAGCCGCUGCCUCCGCCCUCGACGCUCAGCAAUGCCAACAGGCCUGGACUGCUGACUGUAGGACAGUUUCAUCAACUUUACGGUCAAGGUGUUUUCCCUCCUUACUCCUACACGGCAACCUCGUGCCGAGCCCCCAGCACUUCACCAGCACAAAGAUUAGGUCCGACUCCAGUCCCUUCCACUUGGAUCCAGCAGGGACCACUUGGGUUGCUGCCAGGGCAAGGGGCUUCCCCAGCUUUUCCAGAUAAAGGGGCUGCCUUUCCGGUACUCCAGACGCUUCCAACGGGAGCCACGUACACACUCCAGCCUGUGGCUUCUCUUCUGCCACUUCAGCAAGGGACUCAAAGCGUUGCCGCAUCCAUUGCAAAUUGUAGCAGCUCUGCAUCUUCAGUGCCGUACUCACAAACCUGCUGUCCAACAGGUUAA